ACCAUUAGUGAGUGACCCAUCACAAACAGACACUUGUUUAAAUUUUUUUUAUUCAUCACAGGCACUUAGAAACACACAGUAGGCCUACGACUAUGGGCGAUUCAGACCAAAUAACAUUUACAGAAGGUGAGUUUUACCAGGGACAUUUUGAUGGUAGGAAAUACUUAAAUACCUUCUACAGGAAUCUGGAUGGCUGUGAGUUCUUUCCCUUUUUUUUGAACCACCUGAAUGAAACAUUUGCAUCAGGAAACCUCAAGGGCAGCAAGCUAAUUGAAGUAGGAUGUGGACCAACAAUCUACAGCCUAAUAAGUGCAAGCAAGUGCUUUGAAGAGAUAGUGGUGUCAGACUUCACCGACAGCAAUCGCAGGGAGAUCGAGAAGUGGCUGAGCAAUCAGGAGGGCUGCUUCGACUGGCUUCCCACCAUCCAGUAUGUCUGUGAGCUCGAAGGCAGAAGGUCACCAGAAGAGGUGGAGCGGAGGCUGAGGCAGAUCAUGAAGCAGGUGCUGAGAUGUGACGUUCGACAGGAGAACCCUUUCCACCCGCUGACCAUGGAACCUGUGGACUGCGUGCUGUCUAGUCUCUGUCUGGCAGCAGCCUGCAAGGAUAUGGAAACAUACCGGCUUGCCCUGAGAGGUAUAGCAGCGCUCCUUAAACCUGGGGGUACGCUGGUCCUCACCGAUGUUCUCAACUCAUCGUUCUACUUUGUUGGCCAGAGUAGAUUCUCUUCUUUGGAUAUUAGCCAGAGCUUCAUCGAGGAAACACUAAGGGACCUGGGAUUCUCCAUCCAGCAGGUCAACAUCCUGGCUACAAGAAAAGGCGAUAUCGAGACAUUCAAGUUUGACGCCGAGGCAUUUUUUUAUCUGGUUGCUCAGAAAACAAAAUAG